GCCGUCAGUCCGCGUUUCCCGGCGGACGCGUUUCGUCGUGGGAACUUCCGGCCGACUGGGCGCCGAGGCUGUGAAUCGGAGCGUGUAGGACGCGAGUUAGAGCUGUUAAUGGGUGUCUCAGCGAGUGCGUAGGGAGAGGGAAGAGGGCCGUUCCGCUCCACUCCGGUCUCCACUCUACUAUGUUCAAGAGGAUGGCUGAGUUCGGUCCAGACUCGGGGGGGCGGGUGAAGGGAGUGACUAUUGUGAAGCCGAUAGUGUUUGGCAACGUCGCACGAUACUUUGGGAAGAAGAGAGAGGAGGAUGGCCACACUCACCAGUGGACCGUCUAUGUGAAACCCUACAGAAAUGAGGAUAUGUCUGCGUACGUGAAGAAGAUCCAAUUCAAACUACAUGAGAGUUACGGUAACCCCUUAAGAGUUGUCACCAAACCACCAUAUGAGAUCACAGAAACUGGCUGGGGGGAGUUUGAGAUUAUCAUCAAGAUAUUCUUCAUUGAUCCCAAUGAGAGACCGGUUACACUCUAUCACUUGCUGAAACUCUUCCAGUCUGACUCAAGUGCCAUGCCUAAGAAGACAGUGGUCUCUGAGUUCUAUGAUGAGAUGAUUUUUCAAGACCCUACUGCUAUGAUGCAGCAACUGCUGACCACAUCUAGACAACUAACUUUGGGAGCCUACAAGCAUGAAACAGAGUUUGCCGAGCUUGAGGUGAAGACGCGCGAAAAGCUAGAGCAGGCCAAGAAGAAAACAAGCCAGGAGAUCGCAGAGCUGAAGGAGAAGCUGAAGGCCAGUCGAGAGACCAUAAACUUCCUAAAGAAUGAGAUCCGCAAGCUGGAAGAAGAAGACCAGAUCAAAGAGCACUGAUUCUCCUUCCCAUGUUAGAAGUAGGAAUAUUGGCUGCACCAUCGUGGCGGUCUGACUUCCCGUACAACAGUGCCCACUAGCAAGUUAACGCCAGCGGAGUUUUCAAUGUAAUUUAAAAUGUUAUGAGUAAAUUCUUGAGGGCUCUGCAGUCAUUUUUGUAAUGUUUUUGUGUGUGUGCGUGCGCUUUGUGAGUUUAUGUACUUCAGUCUUUUUUAUACCCCCCCCCCUUCACUUGAGCAUGCUUAACUGGAAAAGUUCUGUCAAGUAUAGCUGGUGUUCAUGGAAGGUUGAGCACUGGUAUUUUUAUGAGGUGUAAAGCAUGUUUUUUCUAUAUUAAUUAUUGGUUUUGCUUUCCAAGUGCAAAAAAAACUCCUUUUUUUCCUUACCUGUUUGGUUCCAAGACCACCAGCAAGUCAGUAACUACUGUGUGCAAGUUCAUCAAUAAACCCACUAACUUGUCUUCAU